UGUGACUGUCCCCCGAUGUCACCUGUCCCCAGGUACCUGAAGCAGAUUUCCGAGCUCUCCUUCACGGACAAGGCGCAGCUGGAAAAGUUCAACCUGCUCAAGGGUUACAACCUGGAGGAGGAGAUGAGGAGCCUCAGGGACCUUCUGGAAUCCACCCCAUCCCCGGUGGUCUUCUGCCACAACGACGUCCAGGAGGGGAACAUCCUGCUCCUGGCGGGACACGAGGCCUCGCCCUCGGACAAGCUGAUGCUCAUCGACUUCGAGUACAGCAGCUACAACUACAGGGGCUUCGACAUCGGGAACCACUUCUGCGAGUGGGUUUACAACUACACCCACGACUCCUGGCCCUUCUUCAAGGCCUCCCCGGAGAACUACCCCAGCCGCCAGCAACAGCUGCAUUUCAUCCGGCACUACCUGUCGGAGGACUCGGGGCGCCGCGGGGACACCACGCACGAGGAGCAGGUGCGGAUCGAGGAGGAGAUGCUGACCGAGAUCAACCGGUGAGGGGGGCAUGGGGGGUGGCCCUGUGCCCG